AUGUACAGAGAUUUGCAGAAGAGUUGCGGUGGACUGUCCAAGGCAGAACUGAAAGGACUCGGAAUCGAAGUUCCCGACUUAGCAUUUUUGCGUGCCCGAAUAAAAACAAUAAAAACAACAUACAGAAGUGAACUCUCAAAAGUUAAUGAUUCGAAAAAAUCUGGUGCAAGCACAGAAGAGAUAUACGUACCAAAAUUGCAGUGGUUCACACUAGCCGAUAGUUUUCUGAGGGAGGUCGCCAUCACCAGGAACUCAAAGUCUAAUUUGGAUAAUCAAACUACUUCAAAGGAGGAAAUGAAUGUAACUACUGCAGAUACUGAAACUGAAGAGGGUGCUAUUGAAGAGGAUGAGGGUGCUAUUGAUGAUCCCCAUGAGGAAAACACAUCAAAAUCCGAUGCCGGUGCCGAUUUUCAGAAGCCUAGGACCAAAAUACGUCGUGUAACAAAGUUGGCAAGGAUUGAAUCAACGGUUCACAAAUUACAACAAAUAACAGCCAAUAAUCGGGCAUCCACAACAAGCAAUGUUUCUGCUGACGAGGUUGACCUUUUCGGGAAUUAUGUAGCAGCACAAUUAAAAGAAUUGCCAUUGAGGAAUCGACUAACUUGUCAAGAAAAAAUUCAGUCGAUGCUAACCAAAGAGAGGUUGGCAUUGCUGGCAUCACCAGAACCUCCUAUGUCAUCACCUUCUCCUAUGUUGUCAGGAAAGUCUUCAUAUGGCAAUUUAUCCGAUGACAAUGAUGAAUAUACAACAGACCAACAAACGUAUACAACUGAUGGGCCAUUCCUGUAUCGUCAACUUGAAUAA